AUGGCACACAACGGCAAUAACAAUGGCGUAAACAUUCCACCCACUGGCGAUGACCGUGGUGUUGACGCCCUCUGGGCAGCGUUGCAAACGCAAGGUGACAACAUGAACCGUGAAUUUCAAGACAUCCGUAAUAUUCUUGCCAACCUUAGCCUGCAACUUGUUAGUCGCGGGGCUAUCCCGGCUAACAACGACGAAGGAAAUAACCCUGCUGCUGGACCUGUGCGAAGAGCCUUCCCGCAAGCUAAUCUGCCACCUCCCAGCGUGAGCAGUAGCGACUCCGAAGAUGAGGAUCAUAAUAUGAACAAUCUUGAUCGCAGACAGAAUUAUUACCGGCCAAAGGUGGAUCUCCCUACCUUUAAUGGAAACUUGGAUGUUGAAUCUUUCCUUGAGUGGUGUUAUGAGGUCGAAAAAUGCUUCGACAUGAUGGAAAUACCAGAGGAACGUCAGGCCAAAUACGUAGCACAUAAGCUAAGAGGUGGAGCAGCAGCAUGGUGGGAGGUCACGCAGAAUAAUAGGAGAAGGCAAGGAAAGAGACUCAUUACUUCAUGGAGAAAAAUGAAAAUGCUUAUGACUGCAAGAUUUUUACCACCAGAUUAUCAACAACAGCUGUUCCAAAAAUAUCAAAGGUGUUCUCAAGGAUCUCGAAGUGUGAGUGAAUACACAGAGGAAUUUUAUCGAUUAGGGGCGCGCUGCAAUUUGUCUGAAACACCUGAGCAACAGACUGCCCGAUACAUUAACGGGUUAAGAUUUAAUAUUCGAGAAAAGAUGUCGCUCACUCCUAUUUGGUCUGUUGAUGAGGCAUAUAAUAUGGCCGUCCGAGCAGAGGACCUCCUCACGCAAUCCAAUCAGAGAAGAACAUAUUCUACACCAAAGCCAAUGACGACCCAAUCACAUGACGUUAAUCCUAUUCAAGCUGCUACCCCAUCAUCUCGACCUGUGUUGGCUAGUGAAAUAGGCAGCUCAAAGAACCAGCAACAAAAACAAGGUAAUAAUGUUCCUGCACAAAAAUCUAUCUCAAAUCCAUACGCCAGACCAAUGACCGGUAAAUGUUUUAAGUGUGGCGAACCCGGUCAUCGGUCAAAUGAGUGUAGAGCUCGAAAAACUGUAAACUUGAUAGAUGGUGGAACAGAGGAAGGAGGUGAUGAGGAAUUUAUUGAGGAGAAUGUUGAAGUUGCAGAAGAAGAUGGAGAGCAUGUUAGCUUUGUGGUUCGCCGACUCUUGUACACUACUGAAGAAAAGAUUCCUGUUCAGCGAAACAACAUUUUCCGGGCGUAUUGUACCGUGCUCAGUAAAGUCUGCAAACUCAUCAUCGACAAUGGGAGUUGUGAUAAUAUCAUAUCUCAGACCCUUGUGGAACAUCUUAACCUCCCAACCCAACCGCAUCCAAAACCAUAUAAGUUGGGAUGGAUUAGGGAGGGCCCUUCUGUUAUUGUGUCAAAAGUGUGUAGAGUCCCAAUCUCAAUCGGGAAAAGCUAUGAAGAUUAUGUGAAAAAGAUUGUCAUCCCUCCAGUUGUUUGGGCCAAGUCACCAACACAGAAAACUUGUGCAAUAACCAUUCUGGAUAAAUGGAAACAUUUUGUGGAGGAAGCCAAGGAUACAUGCAGUGUCUUGGUCUUGAUAACAAAAGACAGUGGGCCAGUUAUUGAUUGUAUACCAGGUGAGCUUCAAUCUUUGUUGAAGGAAUUCGAAGAUAUAAUGCCAGAUGAGCUCCCAGAUGGUUUGCCCCCUUUGCGCCACAUACAACACCAGAUUGAUCUGAUCCCUGGAGCUAGCUUACCAAACCUUCCUCAUUACCGCAUGAACCCGGCUGAAAGUGAAGCUCUCAAUAACAUAGUGAAGGAAUUGUUACGAAAGGGACAAAUUCAAGAAAGUAUCAGUCCAUGUGCCGUUCCCGCUUUGCUUACCCCAAAAAAAGAUGGAAGUUUGAGGAUGUGCGUGGAUAGCCGAGCCAUUAACAAAAUCACAGUGAAAUAUCGUUUUCCAAUCCCAAGGCUUGAAGACAUGCUAGACCAACUCCAUGGUGCAAAGGUAUUUUCUAAAAUUGAUUUAAAGAGCGGGUAUCACCAAGUGCGCAUUAGGCCGGGUGAUGAAUGGAAGACAGCUUUUAAGACUCGAGAUGGACUUUAUGAAUGGCUUGUUAUGCCAUUUGGGCUCUCAAACGCCCCAAGCACAUUCAUGAGACUCAUGAACCAAGUCCUUAAAGCUUUUAUUGGAAAGUUCAUCGUUGUUUAUUUUGAUGACAUUUUAAUUUAUAGCCAAGAUCAAGUGGAGCAUAAGGAGCACAUACGCAUUACCCUUGCAGAAGGAGUUCACGUAGAUGAUGAGAAAGUCCAAGUGAUACGAGACUGGCCUAGACCUCGGUCUGUAAGUGAAGUCAGAAGUUUCCUCGGUCUAGCUUCGUUCUACAGAAGGUUUAUACAAAAUUACAGUACUAUUGCUGCUCCUAUUUCUGAUUGCCUUCGCAAGGGUGGUUUUCAUCGGGGGAAGAAAGCUGAGCAGAGUUUCACUGAACUCAAGAAAAAACUCACCACAGCACCUGUCCUGGCUCUCCCAGAUUUUUCAAAACCUUUUGAAUUGGAGUGUGAUGCCAGUGGACUUGGUAUUGGGGCAGUACUAUCUCAAAGUCGUCGACCUAUUGCUUUCUUUAGUGAGCGAUUGAGUGCUGCACGAGAAAAUUGGUCUACAUAUGAACAAGAGCUUUAUGCAGUUAUACGGGCACUGCAUGUUUGGGCUCAUUACCUCAGACCAGGAGAGUUUAUAAUCUACUCAGAUCAUGAAGCAUUAAAAUAUUUUCGGAGCCAGAAGCAUCUCAAUAAAAUGCAUGCUCGUUGGGCGGCUUAUCUUGAACAAUUUACCUUCCUUCUCAAGCAUAAAUCAGGAGCAACCAACCGCGUAGCUGAUGCACUUAGCCGACGCAGAUCCUUACUCGUGGUAAUGCAAGGUGAAAUUAUCGGGUUUGAAGUUCUAAAGGAGCAAUAUGCCGAAGAUGGAGAUUUCAAUCUUAUUUGGAAACAAGUUUUGCAGAAUACUCCAGUACAAGAUUAUCACAUUUCUGACGGAUAUCUUUUUAAAGGUAAUCGCCUUUGCAUUCCUCGAACCUCUUUGCGUGAAAAAUUAAUCCGGGACUUGCAUGCUGGCGGGUUGGGUGGUCAUGUUGGUAGAGAUAAAACCAUUGUCUCUGUUGAAGAACGGUUUUUUGGCCUCAACUAA